CUUUAACGUCCACCAGCACCAGCCGAACCGAAAGAUUGAAGAUCAGAUGGUGCUUGGCGAGUUGCAGCGCAACCUGCGCAUUCGAGCUGCCUUGUCCGAGGCUGCUGUCCGCCCAAGAAGAGAAGAAGCUCCAGUGUCCCUGCCCAAUCCCACUCUGAGACCUGCCCACGCACGCCUCCCACCUCUCCAGUCCCCGACUCAGCGGCGCCCGCCAUGUCAACACCACAACCUCCCUCGCGGGAACACGGUCCCGCAGACCCAAGCCGCCCCUGGCUCCAGCAGACCGACUCGAGUUCCCUGCCCACCUCCCAGCCCGCAAGUUCAUCCGCCAGCUCACCCCAUCAGCAACAACAACAACAACCACAACAUCCGCCCUCCGCCCAACCGCCGCAACCACCGUCCCAGCGCCCGCCAACCCUAAGCGACGCGAUCCGAACCAUCAAACCGUCCGACUUCCUGACGUUCCACCAAGCGCCGUGCUCGCGCAACGGGCUGCUGACGGGCAUCGGCGCGGGUGCGGGCGUGGGCGCGCUGCGGUGGAUCAUGGGCCUGCCGGUGCCGAAGGCGGCGAACUGGGCGGUGGGCGCGGGGGCGCUGGCGGCGCUGGGCCAGUACGAGUACUGCCAGUACCAGCGGCGGGCGGAGCGCGAGAAGGUGAAGCGGGUCGUCGAGGUGUACGCGUCGCGGCAGGCGAGGGAGAGGAAAGAGAAAAAGAAGGAGGAGAAGGAGGAGGAGGAACGGCGGAAGGCCAGGGAGGUGAGGGAGCAAGGGGAGGGCGGGGAGAAGGGGACGACGGGCGGGAGGUCGUGGUGGCGGCUUUGGUAGGGGGGUAGGGACGUGUAGGAUACCGACAGAAGAGAACGGGUAGGCGUUGUGAAGGUGGGUUGAGAGAUCAUGUACUAUACGUGUACAUUCACACAUGGAA